UAUGCCGCCACACCCAUAAGGCGACACACCCAUUUUGUCUUUUAAAUUAAAAUGUCUACUUACUUGGAAGGAACUUUAAAUAAGUGGACUAACUAUUAUUCAGGUUGGCAACCCAGGUGGUUUAUACUAGAUGGUGGUGUCCUUUCAUACUACCUCUCAUCUAUGGAUGUACAGCAAGGUAGCAAAGGAUCAGUUAAAAUAUCCUCUUGUGAUAUUAUAGCUCAUCAUAAAGACAAUAGGAGGAUUGAUCUUGUUAUUAAGAAUGGCAUGCACAUGUACUUGAAAGCUAGUUCAAAAAUUGAGCGACAAAAGUGGUUAGUGGCAUUUGGCUCAACCAAGCAAGAAGAUUUGUCACUGGAAAGAUCUUCAUUGAAGCAUGGAGACAUCAUUAAGUCACGGAUGGUAGAUCUACAUGUGUCCUGUCAGACUCUUGUGACUCACAUUGCUUCUCUAAAGACUUGUUUAAGGGAAGCCAAUUCUUUCUCUGAUAAAAAACUUGAUGAAGUAAGUGAUGCGUUAUCUACUACAUGUGAUGAAUUCCUGAAUGCAUUGGCAGAGUGUAUGGAUCUCAGUUAUAGUGAAGAACAAUGGCCGGAGCACAUAAAGCCUCUUUCUUCAAAGCAGUUAGCCACGCCAUCUCCAACUUUGUCAAGAAGUGUAAAGUUUGGCAGAACAGGCUCGCCUGUAGUCCAUACUUCAUCAAAUAGUUUUAGUGCUGAUGAGCUCUACCUGUCAUCAUCAACUCCUCCUCCUCGUCCCCCUCAUCCUGUUUCUCCCCUCCGUAAUACUCAGGAUACUUCUUCACUUCCUUUUCACCUUCAAAAACCACAAAAGCAAAUUGUUGCUCAGUCCUCAGCAUCAUUGAGAGAUGCUUCUAGAUCAAGUUCAGAGUUAUUUCUUACUCCUACAUCUUCCCCAGUCCCGUCUCCUCCAUCUUCGCCAUUACCUGAAGUAGCAACAAUAGACUAUGAUACUUUCUUCUCUAAAUUACCACACAAAUUUGUGGAUAUAAGCCUUGAUGAAGAUGAAGGGAUUCCUACUGAUAGUUUUCUUCAGUGUUGCAGCGAUCUCCUUCCCUUUUUUGAUGCGUUAAGUCCUACUGCAUUUGCUCCAGUCAAAGCAGACAUCUCUGGCAACAUCGAAAAAAUUCGACGUAAGUACAAUGAAAACCCGACCUUGUACCACACUUUACAAGGUAUUGUCGGGCAUGAAGUUAAUACUCAAACACACACUGUUAAAAAUUCUUCAACUGAUGCACUUUUGUGGUUGAAAAGAGCUAUUGAGUUUGUACAGGUAUUUAUUUUUGAAGUAGCCAAUGGUGAAGAAAAUCUUGGAGCAGCUGCUAGUGUUGCAUAUACUAAGUCUUUAAAACAGCAUCACAACUGGUUGGUUAGAGGAAUAUUCAAUCUUGCAGUUAAAGCCGUUCCUUAUUAUGCUGACUUUUUGAAAUUACUGGGAUCUGACGGUACCGCUGAACACAAUCAAGCUGUGCUUAAAGACAUGUCCAUGUUUUCAAAGUCUGUUGAAAAAUUGACCACAAUAUUAAAACAAUUAUAUGAAUUAUAUGAAUUGGAUACUCCACCUAAAGAAUUGUAUUGAACAUUACAUGUACAUUGUAUCAUUACCAGCACUACAUAAGAAUCAAAGCACAGCUAUUUGAAAUUGUUGUUUAUAAUUUACUAUUUAAAGUUUA